CGAAUCCCCGGUCCCGGCAUCCUCCGCCACGCCAUCGAACAUGCUGGAAUCAAGUCUCGACAUCGUGCGCCACGGACGACUACCGACCAUGCAACUGUGCUUGCUCCGACUGGUGCCCGUUUGCCUCUGCCAGUGCUUCUUGUCCGCCUCAUCUUGACUCAUACCAGCCAUCUCGCCAUGUUCGAUUGCUCGAUAUUGCCUUUGGCGAGCUUCGUCCGAUCAGCUUCGCUUGCCUCGGCUGACGUACUUGUUAUUCGGACCCGUCAAUCAGAUCUGGCAUCGCACUCUAACACGCAGCACUCUGCCAUCUUUUGGCUAGAAAUUUGUCAUAUCAAUUGGCUUUGUAAAACGAGAGUCGCAGAGGACAGAGCAGCAUGCUAUCAAGCGGCAGCAUCCUGUACGCCUGCAAUGCAUUAGUCCCUGAUGCUAUUACUAUAAUGCUCCAUUGGGCCAUGUGCCCGAU